GUCCCACGAAGAUUUUAGGGCACAAAAUCUCUCAUCGGCAAGGGCUUAAACGGAACCCUAACACUUCGGUUGACUCGCAAUGCAUUAGGUGCCCUCUAUAUACAUAUAUGAUGAAUGUUCUAAGGCAGAUCUCCAAAAAUGCUGAAAUCAACUGCAAAGUUCUUCUCCAAACCAAAUAUUUUUCUCAACUCCAGCAUCAAUGUGUGUCACUUAAUUACAGCACAAAACCCAAAACUGGGAUUCUCAUGCUGAACAUGGGAGGCCCCGAGAACUUGGACGGGGUCCAGGACUUUCUGCAGAGGUUGUUUCUGGACAGGGACCUCAUGAGCCUGCCUGCUCAAAACCAGUUGGGGCCAUUGAUAGCGAAACGCAGGACACCGCGCAUCCAAGAGCAAUACUCCAAAAUAGGCGGAGGGUCCCCCAUCAAACACUGGACCUCCAUUCAGGGACAGAGAAUGGUGGAGCUGUUAGACAGAAUCAGUCCUCAAACAGCUGAUUGGUUAAGUAAUGAAGAUAAAAAAAAAAAAUCUUUAUGCCAUCUUUGUCUUUCUUUCUGUUUCAGCGAUGGUGUAGAGAGAGCAAUUGCCUUUACCCAGUACCCACAAUACACCUGUUCCACAACAGGAAGCAGCCUCAAUGGCAUAUACAAGUAUUAUGCACAACGUGAUGCUCCUACGAACAUGGUCUGGAGUGUUAUUGACCGCUGGCCUACACACCCAGGACUGGUCGAGGUGGUGGAGAGGGGUGACACCUACCCAAGUGAGGUGGCUGCUACAGUACAGAGGGUGAUGGAAUAUCUAAAUUUCUCCCACCCUUACAGACUGGUGUGGCAAUCUAAGGUGAGUAACUCCUUGAGUGAUGAUGGAGAGUGGCAGUGUAAAAGAAUGAGGACGGAAGCGGGUGUGCUGUUCUUGAAAACAAAAAAAAAAACUGAUAUAACUCCUAAUUUUAUGAAAACCUUUCAGGUUGGUGCUAACAUCAAGAGAUCAAAGUCCCUGAAUGACAGUGCAACUUUUAUUGAGGCGUUGGCUGAUGUUGUGAAGAAUCACCUCGUAUCAGGGAAAUGUGUCUCCACUCAGCUCUCACUCCGCUGCCCCAGUUGUAUCAACAUCAACUGUAAGAACAUGAGAGAAUUCUUUCAGAGUUAUCAACCGUUACUGGAAGAAUCCUUGAAGGAACCCAAGGCACAGGCCUCACAGCUUUCAUGAAAACAAUUGUAGUAACAAGACUUAACUUUUUUUACCUUGAUUAGGGCGUUGAGUCCUGAUAGAUAUGUAAUGCUGUAAGGGGCCUCAACCCACAACAGAUAUGUAGAGUCGCUAUUAUUGUUACCUCUGUCAUUAUUAUUAUUAUUAUUAUUAUUAUUUUUAUUAAGGUGGUGAGCUGGCAGAAUCGUUAACAUGUUGGAUGAAAUGCUUAGCAGUAUUUCGCCCAUUUUUACGUUCUGAGUUCAAAUUCUGCCGAGGUCAACUUUGCCUUUCAUCCUUUCAGGGUCAAUAAAAUAAGUACCAGUUAAACACUGGCGGUCGAUGUAAUCGACUCAUCCUUUCCCCAAAAACUGCUGCCCUUGUGGCAAAAUCUGAAACCAUUAUUAUUGUUGUUAUUACUUUUAUUAUUAUUAUUAUUAUUAUUAAUUAAAAGUCUAAACAUGGUU